UCUAAAACAUGAUGAAUAAAAUUAUUUUUACCACCACGCCUAUCAUCAAAGCAAGGCUAAGGCGUUUCAGCUACAGAAAGGCGAGGAUGCAGUUGCAGGCUCAUAUUCUCAUUCUUCUUUGUUUCGUUUCAACACUAAUAGUUCUACAUGUAGAUGCAACAGACUGUGACGUGUCAUCUUCUUGUAUAGCAAGGUGCAAAGACAAAUCUUUUAACCUGAAAAGAAUUUUAGGCUCUAAGACUAAAACUAUACAAGAUACUGAUGAAUCUAAUGGUGUCUACUAUUUCCUAGUUGAUUUAUGCAAAGGAGUGUCUUGUAGUGAUGUGCCAAAAGCUGCAAUAUGUCAGAAAAAGCAAAAUGGUACAAGUGCUUUCAGUCUUGGCCCACUUUCUAGCGGUUUAGUGACUCUUUCCAAUACAUCAGAUUUCACUGUAACAUAUAAUGGGUAUACUCAAGGAGACGGCAACUUAAGGGUAGCAAUAAUUAAUUUUAUUCAUGGAAAGAAGUCUGACUUCAAAUAUGAACGAGAAGAAUCAGGUGGUGUUAGCACAAUAAAUUAUUAUUUCUCUGUUGGAUAUACUGAUGAAUCAGCACCUGUUGGAUAUGUGGGAUGGGGUAUCAUUGCAUUUGCUUUAAUAGCUUUUGCUAUUUAUUUCAUUGUUGGUAUCAUCUAUAUGUAUUUUGCUAAAGGAGCACGAGGGAUUGAAGUCAUUCCACAUUUAAAUUACUGGAAGAGUCUCCCAUCACUCAUUAUAGAAGGAUGCUUGUUUGUUGUUAGUCCGUGCCGUAGGAAACUCAAAGGUGGAGGAGAGUAUGAAAAAAUCUAACAAAUCUAGCUGAACUAUAUAGGAUUUAAACUGCUGUUUGCUUAUUAGUUUCUACUACUGUUUGCUUUUCAUUUGGAUAAAACAUUUUUUUAUUUUUGUUGACUAUUAGAUCUAAUUAUUAAUAAUGAAA